UUCUCACAGUUUUGUUUGAUCUAUUAAACAGUAGUUUUGUUGGUUGGGUGACAAAGAAAGCUUUUUUAUGUUGAGAAAAAACUAAAACUAAAAACAGAAGGGCUAAGGUUUUGUCUGAUAUGGAAAACAAAAGCCAAGUGUUUACUUCUUCCUCCUCCUCUUCUUCUUCUUCUUUUUCUUCUUCUUCAUCUUCUUCAUCAUCAUUGGAUCAUUUGUUUGGUCCCAAGUACCCUUCUAGUUCACCCAAAAGGGGGAUUUUUGCGACUAUGUUUCCUCCUCCAUCAAUGGUGCAAGGCAAAACUUACAAAGCCAAAACUCCAUCCCUUCAUCGCUACGAAACAACAGCACCUUGCAAUUUAUGCUCAUCUAUCCACUAUGGAGGCCAAGAAGACUACUUUUCUCUAACCACCACCGACUCCCUCAGUUAUUUGGAGAAGGGUGAGGCAGAUGAUGGUCCCAAUGGAAUAAAUUCCAGUGGUGCUUCAAGAGGGAACUGGUGGCAGGGCUCCCUUUAUUACUAGGCUUCUUCAAGCUUAUUUUGCCAUCCCCAUGGUGGAUAGUAGCAGCAGCAUGAUAAAGAAAAUGUUAUUAUUGCAAGGGAAAUAAGCUGGUAGAGAAGCACUCAUCAAUUAUAUGCUUAGAUUUAGUGGGAAAACUUUAGGAUCAUUUUGUCCCCACUUGUCCACUUACCAAUUCUGU